AAUACGACUUGUGAGCUUUGCUCCUAGACAAGGUCUCAUGCAGGAUGAGUGGAUAAGACUCUCGUCAGAUACGCAGGAAUAGAUCUCCCACCCUUGCUCUUCUUAGUCUGUGCCUCCCCCCAAAGCUGACACACUGGGAAUCAUGCUUCUCAACCCUGCUUCUCGGACUUCGUCACCCUCGGUGCUGGAGCCCCUCUUCCAGUACAUUGAACAACAUCAGGAUGAAUUUGUCCAGAGGCUGGGCGAGUGGGUGUCCGUGCAGAGUGACUCCAGCACCCCAGUGCUGUGGGGUGAGGUGGAGCGUGUCCUUAGCAUGACGGCAGACAGAAUCACAGCCAUGGGGGCUGUCGUGGAGCGCGCGGACGUUGGCGCUCAGCAGCUUCCAGAUGGGCAGUCUGUAAGAAGGCCACCCGUCAUCCUAGCCCAAUUUCACAUGGACCCAGAGAAAGCCACCCUCUGUAUCUAUGGCCACGUGGACGUCCAGCCUGCCAAGAAAGAAGAUGGCUGGGUCACGGACCCAUACACGCUGACUGAGCUCAAUGGUAACCUGUACGGCAGAGGGGCCACAGACAACAAGGGACCAGUACUAGCCUGGCUCCAUGCCAUUGAGACCUACCAAGCCACCAGACAUGAACUGCCAGUGAACAUAAAACUGAUCAUCGAGGGGCUGGAAGAGGUGGGAUCCGAUGGCCUCGAUGAGCUGACUCGGAGGUGCAAAGACAGCUUCUUCUCUGACGUGGACUACAUCGUCAUCUCUGACAACGUGUGGGCGACCAGAAGGCCUGCCAUCACCUAUGGGACCCGGGGCAGCAGCUACUUCUUUGUGGAGGUCGAGGGCCCAAAAACUGAUCUACACUCAGGGGUCUUUGGGGGAUCAGUGCAUGAGCCCAUGAUGGACCUGAUCGCUCUACUUGACAGCCUGUUGGGUCACACGGGAAAGAUCCUGGUUCCUGGUCUAAAUGAGAUGGUGGCCCCCGUGACCAAGGAGGAAAGGAAGUUAUACGAGGGCAUCCACUUUGACUUGCAAGAAAUGAAAAAGGAGAUUGGGGUGCAACGAUUCCUGCAAGACAGCAAGGAGGGGGUACUGAUGGCUAGAUGGCGCUACCCGUCUCUCUCCAUCCAUGGGAUCGAGGGUGCUUUCUCUAAUCAGGGGUCGCAGACAGUCAUUCCCAAGCAGGUUGUUGGGAAGUUCUCGAUCCGCCUAGUGCCGCACAUGGAGCCCGUGGAGGUGGAAAGGCAGGUCAAGGAGCACCUGCACGGGGUGUUUGCCCAGCUAAACAGUCCGAACACGUUGAGAGUGACCUCAAGUGUGGGGGCCAAGCCAUGGCUUGCUGACCUGAAGGACCCGCAGUAUGUGGCUGGGAGGAGGGCGGUUGAAGUGGUGUUCGGAGUGGAGCCUGAGCUGGUAAGAGAGGGAUCCACGAUUCCCAUUGCUCACAACUUCCACAAAGUUACUGGGAAAAGCGUGAUGAUGCUGCCGAUUGGUGGUCAUGAUGACGGAGAGCACUCUCAGAACGAGAAGAUCAGCAGGUACAACUUCAUUCAAGGGACAAAGCUUUUUGUGGCCUAUUUUCAGGAACUGUCCAUGCUUCACAAAAGUCUUCCCGAAAUUCAGCGUAAUGUAUGACACCAUCUGGUCUUAAAUAAAGAUUGCCUUCCCUUUG